AAGUCAGGAUAUGACAUCAUCUAUGGGAAGAGAAGCCAAACAACUUUUCUGUCUUCCCUGUGUUGUAUGUGCUGUACUGGGAGAAGUCAGUCUCUGUUGUCGGGCGGUAAAAAGGGACUGAGGAGCGAGAGGGGGCACAGCAGCCGGAGCGGUCCCCCACAGGGAGUUUAAAGUGUGCCAGUGCCUCAGAAUCCAAAGUCGUAGAAGAUCAGCCAGAGAGAAGCCAAAUCAUUUGAUAAAAGCAUUAAAGCGCCUGACAGAAGUGGAUCCAGGUUCUACGCUAUCUUUUAUUCUGGAUAGCUCGACUCUGCAAAGGCAAUGGCAUUGUGUCUUGGACAAGUGUUCAGCAAAGACAAAACGUUUAGGCCUCGAAAACGUUUCGAACCGGGCACUCAGCGCUUUGAGCUCCACAAGAAGGCCCAGGCCUCACUCAAGUCCGGCUUGGACCUGAGGAAGGUGGUUCAGCUGCCCGAGGGUGAGAAUAUUAACGACUGGAUCGCAGUACAUGUGGUGGAUUUCUUCAACAGGAUCAACCUCAUCUACGGUACAGUGAGUGAGUACUGCACCGAACGGACCUGCCCCAUCAUGUCUGGGGGUCUGAGGUACGAGUACAGGUGGCAGGACGGACAAGACUACAAGAAACCCACCAAGCUUCCUGCUCUCACAUACAUGAACCUGAUGAUGGACUGGAUUGAGUCUCUCAUCAAUAACGAGAACAUCUUUCCCACCAGAGUCGGUGUUCCCUUCCCAAAGAACUUCCGGCAGGUCUGCAAAAAGAUCCUGAGCCGCCUUUUCAGGGUGUUUGUACAUGUUUACAUCCAUCACUUCGACAGCAUCUGCAGCAUGGGCGCUGAAGCUCACAUCAACACCUGCUACAAGCACUAUUAUUUUUUCAUUUCAGAAUUCAACCUCAUUGAUCACUCUGAACUGGAGCCGCUGAAAGAGAUGACAGAGAAAAUAUGUCACUAAACAGUUUUUCAAAGAUGGAAAGUUUCAUCGCACCAUGAGCCCUUUGAACCACCACUAGCAGAACUGUUGCACAACUUCUUUAUGUAUCGUUGGGAUUACUUGUAAUGCAAGCUUGUAUCCAUUCUGUUUCGUUGGUGCUGUGUUGUCAGUUUAUUUGGCCUUUUAUUUUCUCGGGGGAUUUUCCCGCUGCGCAUGUUAUGUUUAAUGUCUUGUAACGUUUUUUUUUUUUUCUUUUUUUUGCA